AUGGCUGAAGCAUCUAGUUUAGCGGGGAAGCUUGAAUCAGAUGUGGAGAUCAAAGCUUCGGCUGAACAGUUCCAUCACAUGUUCACCGCUAAACCACACCACGUCUACAAAGCAACUCCUGGCAAGGUUGUGGGAUGUGAUCUGAACGAAGGUGAAUGGGGCAAAGUCGGCUCUAUCAUCACCUGGAACCUCAUUCAUGGCAACUUGCUUACCCUACGGGACGGGGAUGAGUGCAUUUCGAGAUUUAAAUAUUAUCUACCUGAUGCAGAAGGAAAGCCAAUGGUAUCAAAAGACAGGAUCGACGCUGUGGAGCCGGAGAAGAACUUGAUCAAGAUGACAGUCAUAGAAGGUGAUAUUUUGAAAGAGUACAAGAGCUUUGCGUUCACGAUCCAGGCGACUCCUAAGCCUGAAGGAUCAGGAAGUAUUGUGCACUGGCACCUUGACUAUGAGAAAAUUAGCGAAGAGAUUUCUCAUCCCGAGACUCUUCUUCAGUUCUGUGUCGAUAUUUCCAAAGAGAUUGACGACCAUCUCUUGGCCGAAGAAGAGUCUAGUUUGGUGGGGAAGCUUGAGACAGAAGUGGAGAUCAAAGCUUCGGCUGAAAAGUUCCAUCACAUGUUCACCGCCAGACCACACCACGUCUCCAAAGCAACUCCUGGCAAGAUUCAGGCCUGUGAUCUGCACGAAGGUGAAUGGGGAAAAGUCGGCUCUAUCAUCAGCUGGAAUUUCGUUCAUGAUGGAGAGGCAAAGGUAUCAAAAGACAGGAUCGACGCUGUGGAGCCGGAGAAGAACUUGAUCAAGUUGACAGUCAUAGAAGGUGAUCUUUUGAAAGAGUACAAGAGCUUUGCGUUCACCAUCCAGGCGACUCCUAAGCAUGAAGGAUCUGGAAGUAUUGUGCACUGGCACCUUGAGUACGAGAAAAUUAGCGAGGAGAUUGCUCAUCCCGAGACUCUGCUUCAGUUCUGUGUCGAAAUGUCCAAAGAGAUUGACGACCAUCUCUUGGCCGAGGAAUAG